AUGGCGUCUCCUUCCAAAAUACCAAUAACAGGAGAGAUGCACCAAACACAACCGGUAACUACGCGCGAAACAGCACUAGAGAAAGAGCUUCAACAUCUUACUCGAAUAAAUUCAACACUUUGUCUAUUACACGACUCGAUAUUCAAGAUAUCUCAAGAUAUGGAUAAAUUAAACAAGGCAACUUCAAAUACAAUGGAAAUGAUGCUGAAGUGGACAAAAAUUAUACAACAAGCAAAUUUCACACACGAGAUGAUCGAUAAUAAGCAGUGGAACCCAAGCAAACAGGAAAAGCAAGAGCAAGAAAGAAUAAACCAAAGUGAAAACACCAACGACGACGACGACGACGAUGAAGAGGAUAAACAACUAAGAAUUUUGGCAAGGAAACUAAUUGCUUUGGAAUCAGAAAAUAUGAUUCUCAAUAGAUCUUUGGAAAGGGAAGUUAGUGAAAAACGUGAUAGGUGGAAUAAAGCUGAGGAGAUGGCCAAUAAGAGGAAAAGAGAGUUGGGAUUAUUAAAUACAGCGGGUGAUAGUUCAAGGAGGAAAUUGAAUGGGUGA